UAUUAUCUUUUACCUGCCUCUCAUUUGCCUAUUUCGCUACUCUACUUCAUAAUCGCAGAUUGCUAAUAUUUCUUUGAACAAUCCCAGUUUUGUUACGCUAAUUUUAAGUCAGUGCAGGCAUUCGAGGCGCUUUUCUUUCCAAUAAUUUCGUACGUAUGGCGCUAACAUUUUAGUUUGUUUGAAUUUUAACGUGAAGCUUAGCGUUCACUGAGUGCCAUCUUUGGAUAUUAAUAAGUAUUGCAGACGGUGUGGAGUUUGUGAUGAAUCAGGGUGAAACUGAACGUGAAAGGAUUAUACUAAUCUCAAAGCACCUACUACAAUGUUGGACAACAUGGACUGGAGUGAUUGGGCGAACCCUGUGGACGCUUUGGAAGAAUUUUCCUGGAAUCACAACGGGUCCGAAAUCAGCCAAUCUGUAAUACGGUGUCAUAUCUUAAGACAAGGCUUCGUCCCUUUUCUGUAGCGUAUCUCGCGACAGAAAAGUUUAGAUCUAGGUCUUUUAUUACGAAUUAUUGUGACGAUUCAUCCUGUUGAUACACUUUGUAGCCGAAGUCAAGUCAGGACUCAGAUCAGGUGAACUUUUUUGAGAAAAUGCAGCUGGGUUUUCCGCAAUAUUGGCUGAUUGAAAGAAGAAUCGAUAACACCUGCGCUGAGUCAUCGGGAGAAGCCACCACGGCACCAGAAGGCUUGCAAAUGGACAAUUUCUCAUGGUCACAAGCGCCAACUGACCAACCGAAGGGAAAUGCGAUUUUGGCAAACUCACCUCAAUCCACGCAGGUACAAAGGUCAUCAACUAUGUACGCUGUCGCGAAAGUAGUUCGUACUGGUUAUCUUGUAAGACCCCAAUGACUUGUGCGCCUCUGAAAAGCGUAUGCGUAACCGGCUGUCAGCAAAAAAGUGCCGAGAGAAGAAAAAAGAGAGACUCGAGAAGCUCAAGCUGGAUAAUCAAAAACUGGAAGAAAAGUGCGCUUAUCUGCAAAUAACAUUCGCAGCGCUCUCACAAAGUAGUGAGAUGCAUAUUCAACAGCUAAUGAAAGAAAAUCAAACACUGAAGCAUGAGAAUGCCACCUUGAAAGCACAGCGAAGCCAAAGCAUUAACUGGUCGUCCAUGCAACAAGUGCCACUCUUCGCUGGAGGAUCUAGUGAUACCGAUCAACGUUCCUGCCAAAUGAACACAUUAUAUUAACCUGUUGAUUGUACUGAAUGCUACUAAAUAGUGUACCUCCAGAACAUAUUUACAUCGUAUCUCGUCCUUUCACUCAUAUAAAAGCGUGACUCGGUAACUGGGACGAUUUUUGUUCACUAUUUGACGAUUUUUCCUGUCGGCAUUCCUUUUCUCUAGAUGCUAAGCAGAUUUCCUUCUGAAAGUAUUCGUAUUUCGUGCUCAUGACUUGUCUACAGCCAAACAUUUUUACCGUCACUUUUUCUUAAGUUGUUGCUACAAAGUGUUACUUACCGGUUUCAUAAUCACGCAGUACUAAUUUGGUGCCCUGCGGCAUAUUUUCAGCCCUUCUAGUUAAAAUUGCGAUAGCAACAUAGAUUUGCGUUUCUAUAAUUUAUGAAAUCUGGUUUUAACUUUACAGUUAACAGAUAACUGAGAUAAAUAUUUUUGGACAACCUGUCGUAGUCUCUACGUACACAGCAGUAUUCUGCUCGUAUAUUUCUCAGUUCGUGCCUACUGUACAUGUAGUCUGUAGUAGUCUACCAUGCUCUUAGUAGUCUUUGCGAAUUGUGGAUCGUUGUGAAUUUUGGACUGGUUGAUUGCUAUCUGCUGUAAGAAGUGUGCUCGUAACUCGUACAAAUGAGUAGAGUGAAAUAAUAACAUUUCGUGGUAGAUUCCGAACAAAGCUUUUGCCUUUUAACACAUACGUCUGCAAAAAUAUUUGUGGUCCGAUCAGGCCCGGGGCAGAUCAUGCUUUGUGCGCAUAAUAAUAACACCCGUAAAAUGUCCAGUGUACAGCAGCCAUGUUUUUGAUAGACGUUAAAUAAGUAACAAUGUAAGCACUAAAUACUUAUACGGGUAAUAAAUGAUAUUGUUUUUGAAUCAAUUGUCGGCAUCCAACUUCUUCCACUUCGUAUUCCAUUGCGCACAUGGAGAAAUUCAGUUAUCGUUGCAUUAUUUCCUGGGCCAGAUGCGCUCUCCUAAUUACUGGUGUCAGCAUCGUUUUUCCUGUUUAUGGACAAGAAGGGCACGUCAGCUUAAUGCCGGAUGUCACCCUAAAUGGGGAAUAUUUUGCAUCGGAAAAACACCCACUUAGUGCAGGUUAUGCAUAUUAUGGAAUCCGCUACGGAACGGCUAAACGAUUCCAGGAGCCCGAAGAGAAUAUGGAUUUCUCGUACUUGAGAAAUGAAUCACGUUUCAAGCAAGGCCCCAUCUGCCCACAGCUCCCAAUUCCGGCAGCUUUGAGAACUCUAUCAUCUAGAGACCAUGCUCCAAUGAGUGAAGACUGCCUUUACUUGGAUAUUUAUGUUCCGCCUGUUUCCACCAACAGUACGCGACAGCACGGACAGAAUGACAAUUUUCCUGUUCUGGUAUGGUUUCAUGGAGGCGCUUUGCAAGCUGGUGACAAGAACAACUAUAAUGCUUCCUCAUUGGCGGAUAACAUCGCUGCAAUUGUGGUUACCGUCAACUACCGAGUAUCAGUUUUCGGUUUUCUGAGCACGGGGGACGACAUUGCGAAAGGUAAUUACGGUUUGGCCGAUGCUAAGUUAGCGAUGUUAUGGAUCAAGAAAAACAUCAUGAAAUUUGGAGGCGAUCCCGAUGCCAUUACGCUUUUUGGGGAAAGUGCAGGAGGUCGCCUAAUUUCGGCAAUGCAACUGGAUCCGGUUUCACGAAGUUCUAUGCGAGCGGCAAUUGCAUUCAGCGGAAGUAUUCUGGUGGAGUCGUAUUUUUCACCAGAUCCGAAAAAGGAUGCUAAGGAACUUGCAGCUGCCGUAGGAUGUCCAACCCAGUCGUCGGCUGAACUCAUCGGAUGCUUGAAAAACAUGUCCGUGGAUAAAAUUCUUUCAGUCGCACACGGGUUCAAAAAAGGAAAUCCGAAACUUGCACCUUAUGGCUUUGUUGUGGACCAUGUGCACUUCGGAGAAGCUGCCCGUAAAGCCUUAUCGACCGCGAUGCGGGAAGUUGAUUCCUUUCCUAAUUACAUAACUGGCUACCUUCGAGAAGAUGCCUCGCUUUUGUUAUCCGUCAGCAAUUCCGAUAUUGUGGACCCUAAACAGCCAAUAAAUUUGACCACGAUAAGAAGCGUUGUAGCAAACCAGUUUCUUCCCAAUGGGAAUGUUCCCGUCUGUCCAAACGCGAAUUACGAGCUGGCGCAGACAGUAAUGGAUUAUUACAACAUGACGGAUGGCGAUGAUUAUUCAUCUUUACGGUUCAAGAUAUUCCAUCUGGCGACGGAUGCAGCGUUUGCGGUUCCUGCCGGCAAAGAAGCGCUGAUGCGGGCUCAACGGGAAGACGCAGCCUCGAGUGCCAGUCAGUUGUUUAGAAUCAGUCACAAUCCCAAAUUCAAUGACCUCGGUGCUUUUCAUACCUACGACUUGCCAAACAUUUUUGCCCCGCAUAUGCAGAUCCCUGGUCUACUCCUUGAUGACCGCGUUGUGUCCAGUAUACGGCAGAUGCUGCAUCAAAUAGCGCAUUUUGGACGAAUGGACGGUCUUGCAUUUGGUCGCCAGGGAGAGUAUAUGGAAUUAAAUCAAUCUGGACAUUGGGAAAACGGCAGCUUCGACCACCUAUCUUUAAUUAAGUUUUGGGAUGAUGUGUAUAAUGCUCCUUGUUCCAGAUCCGGUACAUAGUAAUUGCCGAAUACUUCAUGAUAAACCGCUUCAAAUUGAAUUAGCUU